AUGACUCAAGUAUUUGCACUCGCAGCUUUGAUAUUCACCCUCGCCAUCUCAGCAGGUAUAAGCAUUGCUUUAAUCAAUGUCGACUGCUACUCGACCUUUUGCUCCGAAGGACCCUUUACCUUUGAAACGAGGGUCCACAUCACAGUCUAUUACGCUUUCCUCGCCACCCUCGUUAUUCUCCUUCUCCUCCGUACAAGCACUCAGCAUAUUGCCAACUUCCACAUUGCCCAUGAACUCCCCUUGGUUGGCAAGCGAGUCACCCUUGGUGGUCUUCUUACUUCUCUUGCCAUUCUGACAGUUACACUCUGCUCUACCAUCUACUGGCUACCUGCCCAUGAUGAGCUAUGGGGCUACAAGACUAACCCUCUGGAUUGGGCUUCUGCCAAACUUCAACUUACCAUCACUGGCGUCACGGGACACUAUGCUGAUAUUCUUCUUGGGCUGUUGCUUAUUCCUGUUUCGAGAAAUAGUCUUGUUGGCCAAGCGUUCUACCUGCAUCAGAGCACAUUACUCUUUACUCACAAGGCUGUGUCUUACAUGUUCUCACUGAGCGUCAUUGUCCACGGCGUCGCGUAUAUGCUUCACGCCAAUGACUCCAGCAGAAAUGACGACAAAGGGCGUCAUGAAGCUUUCGCCGUUGGAAAUCCUGCAUUGACCGUCGCAGAGAGCAAACAACUAGGAGGAUGGUUCUCGCUCACCUACUACGUCGGAAUCGCCGCCAUUCUCCCCGUUCUUAUUAUUCUCGUCACUUCAAUGCCAUGGAUUCGCAGACGUCACUACAACCUCUUCUACUUCAGUCAUGUUAUACUCGGUACAUUGACCAUCGUUGCAUCGUGUCUCCACGCCAGCACCAACUUUUAUCUCCUCCUUCCAGGCUUGCUUCUCUGGAUUGCGGACUGGAUCAGACGGCUGUUCUUUGGCGAAGCUAAGGGUCUGGCUAGUAAGACCCCUGCUGUGCUCGAGAUUGCAGAGAAUGGUUGGCUUCGAGUGUCUUUGCUGCCCAACAGAGCAAUUUUUGGCCCACCUCUUCUCUACUAUUACCUUAACUUCCCAUCAAUCAGCAAGGUCCAGACACAUGCCUUCACAGCUGUGGCCCACCCUACGAAUAAUGGUGGUCCUGUAUUCCUUAUUCAGCCGGAGGCGAAAGAGAAGGAGUGGACUUGGAAGUCGAAGGCUCUCAUUCAACGACCUAGAGCUACCCUACGACUAGAUGCCCGAGUCGAAGGACCAUAUCCUGUGUCCGACGCAAACUUUGCGACUGCUUCCCAUAUCGUCUGCAUCGUUGGAGGAUCCGGUAUUACAGGUGCAUUGAGCCUUGCACACUGGUGGCUAGAGACGCGACCAGCCAAUACUCGAUUCGACCUUGUAUGGACUGCUAGGCAUCGAGAGACUACGAGGCUCGCUGAGUGGCAGAAUCUCGAGGAGGUUGCCAAAACCGCCUCUGGUUUUACAGUGACCACUCAUGUUAGCUCGGAGAAUGGACGACUUGAUGCUGGACAAGCGCUUCGACAGGCUCUUUCUGGACGUCGGACUGAUGGUUCAGGCUGGGUUUAUAGUUCUGGUCCUCCUGCUCUUUUGAGUGCGACUGAGCGAGCCUGUGUCGAAUUUCAGAAGGACCAUCGCAACAAGGACAAUGAAAAAGGUUGGACUGUUCACGACUUGUCGUGGUAUAUGGCACGAUGGGAGGUUUGA